UCACAGACAACUGAAUUCACUCUCAAUUACUGCAACUGAAAGCACCGGAAGAUGUGUAAAGGAUUAGCUGCUUUACCCCAAACCUGCCUGGUGAGGGCGAAAGAGAUCAAGUCGAAAUUGGGCAUUUUACUGCAGAAGCCAGAAAAUGCCAUCGACCUCAUCAUCCCCUACCCCGAGAAGACUGAGAAGAAGCCGGAGAAGCAGCAGAAGCCGACUCCUGAGGAGGCUGCUCAGUGGCGUGAAUGUCUGGACCGAGUCCUGAACAACAGCUAUGGUCUGGCCGCUUUCCGCAGCUUCCUGCAGUCAGAGUUCAGUGAGGAGAACAUUGAGUUCUGGAUGACCUGCGAGGACUUCAAGAAGACCAAGAACCCUGUGAAAAUGGCCACCAAGGCCAAAAAGAUCUACGAAGACUUCAUCCAGUCUGAGGGACCCAGAGAGGUGAACAUUGAUCACUUCACCAAGGACAUGACCCUGAGGAACCUGGUGGAUCUCUCCCCUACCACCUUUGACCUGGCCCAGAAGAGGAUCUUCGCCCUGAUGGAGAAGGACUCCUUUGGUCGUUUCCUUCGCUCUGUGCAGUACCAGGAGCUCCUGGUCAACUAAGCCAGAGCAGAGUCUGAAGAGAUGGGGUGGGUGGGGGGGCAGGGUGGUUUCAUACAGCAGUUAGUUAAUAUGAAAAUAAACAGGGUUUUUUUUAAUCAGGUAUUUGUAAUUAAUUACCUUUUUGCAAGUACAGCUCGAGAAGCAAAGACUUAUUUUACAAAAUAUCCAAAACAGGGCGAGAAAAUUAUAAUUACAGUUUGAAUGUAACUAAAGGGAAAGACUGCCUUUUGAAAUAGCCCUACCUCCCCAACCAACACACACAUACACACGUUCUUGAACUUCUAUACCAGUGAGGACCGUCCACUGACAACAUUUAUUCCCUCUCCCCUUAAAGAAGUGAGGGUCUCCCAGAAUGACCUCACUUGUCAAAAAUGGUGCCAAAAACCAGAUCGGUUCUCACAUAAAGGAAGUACAGACGCAACAUAUUUACACACGGGGUCAAGAUCCACUUCAAAACAGACAACAAUGUGUUUCGAAACAUACAACUCAAUAUAUUUAGUUGUGUCAGCUCUUUAUCUUACUCAAAAUACGCUUGUGAAAUUAUCCGUAGAAAACAUCUGACUUACAUAACGUGUUGUUGCAGGUUUGCCAGACACGUCUGGACAGAUAUAGUUUUGUGUAAAGCUUGACCUCAUCGACUGCCAUGCAUUCUAUAGCAGACUCCAUAGAUGACUUUCUGGCAAAGAGCCCAAAUGCAGGGCCGUUUCUGGUAAUUCUGUUGCAAACAUUAACCUUAAAUAUACAGACAUUUUAAAACAUAACCCAGUCCUUUCGCUGCAGACAUAAACAUCGUAUAUAAUCGUAAAGUGACUUUUAAGUACUUUGUGUUUUUCACAAGAAGCCUCAAAGAUAUUGAGUGGCUGAAAAGGAUAUGACCUAUAACAGUUUCUGCCUAUUAGAGAAAAUUAUUGGGGAACUCUAAAUAGAAUGGCAGUUACACAAUUGGCUGUUUUUAAUCAAUUACUUCAUUCAAUGUAACAAAGUGGAUUCUCUUCUAGUAUCAAUGCACGAGUAAUAGUUACCACAUAACUCUCCUUUGUCUCCAACACUCAUAUAGUCAGUCAUUUCGGAUUUUCAACAAACUCCCCUUUUGGUAUUGAUGAAUCCUGUGAGAGCCAUCCUUGAGAAUAGUGCUGGCUAGUUCAGUGGUCGAGCUCCUUGGCUACCACUAAACUGCAUGUUGCUAAGUUGGGAAAAUCAAGUAGGAGGGAAUCUGAAAAAAAGAAGUGAACAGAGCAGCGGUUUUAACAGAGGUCUUUUUCCCAUGUGAUGUUACCAAAGUUUUAUGUAAGCAUUCCGAGUCUAAAAAAGGUCCAGAUGUUAUACACCAGUGUAAAACAUGAGGGACAGAUCUUGCAGGUUUGCAGCACUAAACAAUGCAAAUGCUGGUGAUUGAGAAUCCUUUUAAGGUGGUCUUUGAGUUACAAACCAUGCAACCUCAAAUUUCAGUUUGAAGUCAUUAAGGGAAUUUAAGGAAAUAGCACUGCAAUCAGACGAGUAGAUACAAAAUAGUCACAGUUGAUAAAUCUGACAUUAUAUGCACUUUUCUUUUAUUGUUCGGGUAAACACUUUCAACCACAAGUUAUUAUUCACUACAUGCUGUACAAACAUUGGUUCACAUAACUUACACUAUGCUGAGGCAUUGGUGGAUGCGAUGGUGAAUUUGGUGUUGGUGUGCAAUGUUUGAUGGUCCUAAAUGUAUACUUCAGUUGACUGCAACGAUCGUUAAGUGUGAUUAUAUUUACUCUUUAAUGCUUUUUUAUAUUUAACAAAAGCAGAUGUAUUAACCAACGUAAUAAUAUUGCUAUCUAGAUAUUCAGCAUUUUAUAAGUCCUUGUUGUUCCCCGUCAUGCAAAUAAUCCCACACUAAUCCAAGCUGAGAAGGUUGCAUGUCUUCUAACAAAAGGUCAUUGGAACAACAAAUAAAUCAAAAAAAAAUCUGAGAGAUUUAUUUAAAUUUUCAACAGCAUUUGGCAAGGGUCCAUUAUGGCACAGAUUAGCCAUUCUGGUGUCAUAACCCUAAGUGUCAUACACGUCAACAAUCACCCCACAGAAAAAUCAAUAAGGACUUUAACAGUGCUGAGUAUGCAUCAUUUGAUGUAGUCUUGUAUGUCAUUUCUGGAGUCUAUCAUAUAAAAAUAUAUAUGCGCAUACAAUUCCUGAAGAUGUAUUUAUUUUUACGUGUAAAUAUCAACUAUUUACAACCAAUUGUGUCUAAGUUAUUCUUAAAUACAACAAUCGAACCCAUGAUUAUAUGAAUGGAGAACAGGCAAGGACUUUUCCCAGAAUCUUUUCACUGUCAUAAAAGAGGAAACACCUGACUUUUGUUUU